UAACACUCGCCAGUCGCCAUUUGCGAGCUAUUUUUAGCUUUGGCGAGUAAAAUAUUUGCCUAACUUGCCACGCUGGCGAGUUGAAAAAGUGAGGUUCACAACAGCAAUAAUGCAGCGCUUACCGGUACCUAAAGCAACACGGAGAUCAUUAUUUUACCAAGCACAUAUUUGUUGUGAUGUCACGUUCGACGUUCCGUAGACUAGUUGCUAAGAGACGGCAGUUAGCUAGCCUAGUAGUUAGCUUAGAGCGCGCACUACAGGGAUAUCUCUCAGGCGACAGUCACAGAGUGUACCGGUAACGUUACUCGAGUCUUAAUAGCUAACAAUCAUUCUUCCUAGCCUUAAGCCUAUAAAUCUUAUCGUUAUGUGGCGCUUCCUGAAACCCAUAGCUAAAAAGGCACGGACGGAGGAGGAGGAGGAGGAGGAGGAGGGGGGUCGCGAUGCGAAUGCUGCGAAACCCAAACCGACCAGCGCUGGAACUGGGGGGAGAAAGUUUCAGACGAAGUGGCUAUACGACGAUGCAGGGAAAAAACGCGACUGGCUGACUGUCAAGAACAACAUCAUGUUUUGCACUGUGUGCACAACUUUUGGAAAGGACAAAAAAAGUCAGGCGAGUCACUUUGUUGUGGGCUGCUCCUCGAUGAAAGUUGAAAGUAUAAUAUCACAUGAAGGCACUCGCAACCACGACAAAAAUAUGAAAAUAAAGCAAGCCAAGUCUGCCCCACUCCAUGAAGCGCCCUCGGUGCAAGUUCUCACUAAACUCUCGGACGUAAACACCCAGAAGAUGAAGCUUCUUUUCCGAAAUGCGCACGCCAUCGCCAAGAAAGGUCGACCCAUCACCGACUACGUCUGGCAAUGCAGCUUGGAUGAGAAAAAGGGGCUGUCCGUGGGCAAAACCUACAGGAACCGCGAGACCGGCAAGCUCUUUGUAAAGUACAUUGUUCUGAGACGUUAAUUUUUUCUAUAUAUGUUAAUCUGAUGUUCUUUCAUUAAUGUUCUUUCAUUAUUUAUAUCCAGACAAUGUUGGCAACAGAUUUAAUAUUUUUUUCCUAUAUUUUUUGUAGCAAGCAGUUCACGGUCAAUCAGACUUGCAUAUUACUUUUAUUU